GUUUGAAGGAACUCCCUGCUUCUCCAGUCACAAUCCGCCUACCCAUGAAAACAUAGGGCUCACAGAAGUCUUACCACAUUGCAGCGAUAUCCAAAAUAAUUUAAGAAGCCCGUCAUCAUUUCGACGAUAAGGGUGCUGAAAAAGCUGAUGAGGUGAAGAAGGUGUCUCUGGUUCACCAACUAUCUGUUGGACCUAACCCUGAGAAGCCCUGCCACCUUCCUGUUCAUCACCUAAAUAGAAGUCUGGAUUCCACCUGGAUGCAAAACGCAUCAUGUGCCAAAAUUGGAGACAUCAUACUGCUACCCCAUAGACAGUCAGUCCUCUUUUAAACCUUGCCCCCUCACUGGAGAUCCCUCCUAGUCUUUCACAUUGCCUGAUGUCCAAGAUGAAGAAGGUGGGGGUAUGGUCAGCAGAGGACGUUUCUAAUUGGCUGAGCAAAGAGGGAAUGCCAGAGUAUAUAGAUGCUCUCCGUCAGACAGAUGGGCCUGGCCUUCUUGGGCUCACUGAGGCAGAUUUCCAGAGGUCUCCCCUCUCGCUGGUAUCAUCAGAUGGUGGACAGCAGCUCUUAGAGCGUCUUGAGACGCUUCGAAUUGAGAGCCAUAUUGAGGCUCACAAAAAUGGUCAUGCAAAUGGGCAUGUUGGUGGACUUCCUAAUGGAAUUAGUAAGCCCCAGAGGAAUGGUGCAUUGGGGAGAAAAGACUUUGGGAUGGAGAUGGUCCACAUCCCUAUGCCUACAGUAGAACCUACACAGUCCCCGUUCCCUACAGAGUGGGGGAAGACGGGCAUAGCAUUCAUCUACGCAGUAAUUUGCUUUGUCACCACCACUGUAGUCAUUUCAGUGGUCCAUGAAAGAGUUCCACCAAAGGACCAUACCCCACCAUUACCUGACAAGUUCUUUGACCUGUUCAACAGGGUGGAGUGGGCCUUCUCCAUCUGUGAGAUUAAUGGCAUGCUGCUGGUGGGACUGUGGUUGUUACAGUGGAUUCUGCUUAAGCACAGGUCAAUUAUAGGGAGGAGAUUCUUUUUCAUUGUGGGAACACUCUAUCUGUACCGGUGUAUUACAAUGUACAUCACUACUCUUCCUGUUCCUGGGAUGCACUUUAAAUGCUCUCCAAAGCUUCUUGGGAAUUGGGAGGCGCAGAUGAGAAGAAUAAUGAAAAUGAUUGCCGGUGGAGGCUUAUCCAUCACAGGAUCCCACACAAUGUGUGGAGAUUAUCUGUAUAGUGGUCAUACUGUCAUGUUAACACUCACAUACCUCUUCAUCAAAGAGUAUUCUCCCAAGCGCUUCUGGUGGUACCACUGGAUUUGCUGGAGUUUGAGUGCUGUUGGGAUUUUCUGCAUCCUUCUGGCCCACGACCACUACACUGUCGAUGUGGUUGUGGCGUAUUUUAUAACUACACGUCUCUUCUGGUGGUACCACACUAUGGCCAACCAGCAAACUCUGAAGGAAGUGUCACACAGCAACCCAUUUUCACGGGUGUGGUGGUAUAGACUGUUCCAGUUCUUUGAAGAGAACGUAAACGGCAUGGUCCCUCGGAACUAUCAGCUGCCAUUUUCGUGGCGAGCGUUGCAGUGGCGCCGCGGCGUGAAGUACAGCAGACUGGAAAUACAAUGACUCCUGCCGAAGCAGACAAGGACUGUGACUCAAAUAAGUGCUGUUUUUAUUAAUUAAAGAUAGCAUUGUUCUACGUAGCGCUGUCCUUUAACCUCUACUUGCAGGCAAAUGUCCAAAUGGGUAGCACUGUGACCCAUCUAGUGUUUUUUUUUUCUUUUUCUUUUUCCCUGUCUUAAUUCUCUUUUGGUAGUAUUUAUCAACACAGAGCACUAUUUAUUUUUUUUGUUUGUUUUCCUUAGGUUACAUACAUUUCCCCUUUUAGUAAAGAUCUAGGAAGCAUUUCAACAAACAGACAGGUUAUUGGUCAGAAUACUUACCCUCUCAGCACAAAAGCAUAAUUAAUGUUGUCAUUUCCCUUCAUUUUUUUAAUGCAGUUAGGGUCAAUCAGAUGCUUUUUUCAGAACCAAAACAGCAAGUAUUUUUUCAAAUUUUUUUUAAAUAGGGAAGCAACUUCCUUUUAUAAACUGUCCUUGCUAAAGUUAUUCAAAGGUGCAAAAAGUAUUUUUUCUAAAUAUGUAAAAACUUUAUUUUACAAAAGCAAAUGAUGUCCAAAAAAAGAUUUUUAGAUUUUUAUCUUUUUCAAGAUGGAUAACUGAGAGCAUGUGUAUUUAAUGUGAUAUAACAUUAAUCCAGUGCCUUUCCUAGCUUGAUUGUAAAGCAGUUCAAGUACUAUAUGUCCCGUGUGUCUCUGCUGCGGUGCAACCUCGUGCCGUGACGUGACAUGGUCACAGUCUUGUUCUCGUGAAUGUAUAAAAAUGACUACGCCAGCCUUACAGGAAGAUUGGUCCUCCCAAAACUAGUGAGUGUAACACCCUUUUCGUUUAUUAAUGCUUUAUGACAUCAGUUUGUUCUUACUUGAUUAAUGCUGUUCUGACAGAAACAAAUGACUGUUAAAUGUAUUUAAUUUUUUAAUCAUUUUUUAACCAUCACCAGCCAUGUUCAAAGCCAGAUUAUUGUGGGUUGCUAGUUCUACCAGACAAAUGUAUCUGAAAACAUUAUUGUCUAAUUGGAUGUCAAUUAAGCAGUGUUUCCAAGGUUUAGUUUAGAGUUAUUAUUCUGGACCUGGACAUGUCUUGUGCAUCAUUGUGGCAUUUAUUUGGGAGAUAAAAAGCCCCCUCUCUUGUCCCCACAUGGAGGCACAGUUCGAAAUUAACCUCAUUGUCUUGUGUUAUUGUCUUUUUGGUGAUGACAGAGAAAAGUGUAAAAGGAUGCUCGUUCUGAAGUUGUGAAAAUAGAUGAUUUAGGCAAAUUCUCUGAAUAUAUUUGUAAUAAAUCUGUGCGUUUUUUCUUCUUUUUCUUGUACUUAAGCUGCUGUCUUACAAUAUGAAAGUUGCAUCUCAGUGUCAAGUACUACAAAACUACCCUCUUUUUGACUAGCGAGCACCCAGUGUGGAACUUGUGGGGAACAAGCUGAAUGUUUGGAUAAUGUUCAGAUGCACAGAACUGAUAAUUUGUUUGGCCGUAAAUGUGCAAAUGUAUUUUCCAUGAAUGUGAAAAUGCUUCCAUUGUUAUCAUGAAUAGGUUUAACUUUUGUUUGUUUUUCUGUGUAAGUGACUGAACUGUAAAGACUACUAUACUAGUUUAUGUAUAGGGGUAAAGACUUAUGUUAAACUGAAAUUUCAGAUUCAAUUCAGUAGCUUUGAAGAAGUGCACUAAUCUUUGCAUUAUAUAACUUUCAAAUGAAUAACAAAGGGUGUGUUUAAAUCCUUCAGCCUGUCAAAGCUGA